CAUCAUUUCCUAUUAACCAACAAUUGGCUGUAAGAGUGCUAAUUAUGUGCAAAUGGAAAUGGCUCCUGAAUGUGGGGAAAGGGAUACUCAAGUGCUGAGAAGCAGGCCUCAUGGCUCAUCUGACCCAGCGCAGACAAACCACAGACACCACCGAGUUGGAGGUGUGGGACAGCGGGAUUGCCCAGGAGGUGAACAGGUCCUUAUACUCCCCUGCAGUGGCCAACCCCUUCAUGCAGCAGACUCACCUCAGUGCUUGGCGCUGGGCCUGCAUCAUCCUCCUGGGGACUGUGCUGGUACCUGUGCGUGUGUCCUGCAUUGCCUUCCUCUUCAUCUUUCUCUGGCCCAUGGCCACACUCACCACCAUUAACUUGCCUACUCAACCUACCAAACCCAUGAAGAGUUGGAGGAAACAUCUGAUGAAGCCGGCGCUCCUGUUCUUGUUUCGUAUGACGUUCUUUUUUGCUGGGUUCCUGAUUAAGGUUAAAGGGAAAAGGGCCACCAGAGAGGAGGCCCCCAUCUUUGUCACUGCGCCUCACUCCACCUUCUUUGACGCCAUUGCCAUCGUCAUGGCAGGGCUCCCGUCUGUGGUCUCUGCAAGUCAGAAUGUGCGGAUUCCAUUGGCUGGGAAAUGCCUCCUGUCAACUCAGCCUGUGCUUGUGAAACGCGAAGACCCGAAUUCUAGAAAGACUACUCGGAAUGAAAUCCUGACUCGAGUGAUAUCCAAAAUGAAGUGGCCGCAGAUUUUGAUUUUCCCGGAAGGAGUGUGUACCAAUCGCUCCUGUCUGGUCACUUUUAAACUGGGAGCCUUCUCCCCAGGCGUCCCUGUGCAACCAGUGCUGCUGAGGUACCCCAACACCCUGGACACAGUGACCUGGACCUGGCAGGGGUUCACAGGCUUCCAGGCCUGUAUGCUAACUCUGAGUCAGCCCUUCACUAGAGUGGAAGUUGAAUUUAUGCCUGUUUAUAUCCCGAGUGAAGAAGAAAAGAAAGACCCAGUCCUUUUUGCCAACACAGUCCGAAUCAACAUGGCAAAUGCUUUGAGACUCCCUGUGACGGAACACACUUUCGAAGACUGCAGACUGAUGAUUUCUGCUGGUGCCCUUCAACUACCCAUGGAAGCUGGUUUGGUGGAAUUUACGAAAAUCAGUCAGAAACUGAAAUUAGAUUGGGACAAUAUCCACAAGCACUUGGACAAAUAUGCUGCAAUUGCAGUCUCCUCAAAAGGAGGCAAGAUUGGAAUUGAAGAGUUUUCAAAUCAUCUAAAGCUCCCGGUUUCAGAGCCUCUGAGACAGCUUUUCUCUCUUUUUGACAGGAAUCACGACGGCACCAUAGACUUCCGAGAGUAUGUGAUAGGUCUGACUGUCCUGUGCAACCCUUCCAACACGGAGAAGAUUCUGCAGAUGUCAUUUAAACUUUUUGAUCUUGACGAGGACGGCUAUAUAACAGAACAAGAACUAACAACUAUACUCCGUGCGGCUUUUGGAGUGCCAAACCUAGAUGUUUCCACACUCUUUCAGCAGAUAGCGGGCAAGGAUUCAGCUCAAGUGUCAUACAUGACCUUUAGGAAGUUUGCCCUGAAGCAUCCAGCAUAUGCCAAAUUAUUUAAUUCAUACCUAGACCUCCAGGCAGCCUAUGUAUAUUCAUUACCACAAGAAGUAAAAGUACAUAUGUAGCAUUAAAAAUGUUCUACUCAUUUUGGAAAUAGGGGAAGAACUUGUAGGUGGAAACCAUGAACUAAAUAAAAAAAAUUAUCAGUUGUGGAAAAGCUCAGUGGUUUUUACUCUAAGUGGCACAGAUACUGUCCUCAAAAAGCAACUUGGG